GAGGGACCCAAAGGGGCCUGGAGGACAUGACGGGAAAACACCAUCUACACACUAAGGAGUGGAGCUUUGGGAGGAUACCCACUUAUGGGCUCUCUGACCUGGGACUCCUCUGCUGGCAUUUCAACCCUUCCUGGAACUUUUAUUUAUUUAUUUUUUUAAAGAUGGGCAAGGAACAGACAAUGUUUCCUCAGUGAAAGCCUGGCUAGAUCAGAGCUGCACAGCUCACUGGAGUCAGGGUUGGAGUCUUUGUAGGGAGCGAGGUAAGGGGAUGCGGGGGAAGGUUAGGGGGAUGGGUACAGGAGAGGAUUUGGACCGCUGGAUAAGGAAUUCUUGGAGGUAUUUACCUUCUAACCACACACCCAGAGGUGACACAUGUAGGUAGUCAGGGGUGACAAACGGACCAAGGCCCCACCCACCAGAGCAAGAGGGAUAUAAAGACAGGCUGGUCCAGUGCUGGCUGCACAUAGAGACAAGCUCUGCUUGUUCCCAUUGCCCAAGAUGAGAAUUCACCUGCUUUGGUUGUUGCCCCUGAUCCUGCUGGGAUCCUCGGCCCAGGCGCUGCAGUGUCAUGAGUGCAGCACUGGAGAGAACUGCUACAAGCCUACAUCUUGCCCCAGCUUAAGCCGCUACUGCUUGAUCAACUGGCAUACACCGCCAGGCCAGCAACCAACCAUAACAAAAACAUGUGCAUAUACCUGCCCUGACAGUCAACAGGCCCUAGACAACUCCAAGUCCUUCUGUUGCAACACAGACCUCUGCAACAGUGGCAGGAGCCUCCGUGUCAGCUGGGGACUGCUGACCCUCGGCAUCCUGUAUAUCUAUCUCAGCCAGUAGGUGCACAGCUCACAAGCUACAGAGUUAGAAGCCUGGUGCCAUCAUGGGACUGGAAUGUGUAGGCGGGGUACGUCUUUAACUGCAAUCAGAAGGAUUCCAAGAGACCAACUCAUCGGUGUGGCUGAUGGAGAGCGCUACAUUCAGAACUCUUGUCUGCAAGCUGGUCAUCUGCUGGCCUCCAAGAGCUGGUUCAAGGACGCUGUCAAGGUCCUGAUCCUGUUACUAGGGCCUGGGGUAGGCCCCUCAGGAGGUCCAAUGAGCUGUUUUGGGGCUUUCUUUUGUCACACAUCCAGUGUCUCCCACUAACACCUAAGAGAAACUGAGACUGUGCAUUGCCACUUCAAAAGAGUUGAGCGUCAGAACGUCAUUACCUGCUGACUGGUGACCCAGUAGCGAAAUGUGCUGCUUUAACCUGAAUUCAAAGACGUUUGGCAAGUGCAAACCCUAUGGAGAGGCCUCCCUUCCGGCUGUGGGGGAAGGGCAGAUGCUGGCACAGAUUAGCUAGAACAAGGUGUGGAUCAGUCUGCCUUCAGCAGGAUUGUUGCAUCCUGUGAUGUCAGCUGUGUAGCCUCAGCCCCAGCAAACCUCACCCCUGGGUUGGGCUUGAGGAUUCUAUCCUGGGACAACACCAAUCUCAUCAGGACUUCAGAAGGUCCCUGUGAACUCCAGUCUACUCUAGGGCAAAGAGCAAGAGAACCCAGAACUGUCGAGCUGUGAGUGAUGGCUGAAGUGUUUCCUCUCUUCUCUGCCUGUGGUCCAGCUCCAGGACUCCAUCAGUCAGUCCUAGUGAUUGUAUGCCCUCCAUCAUAGAGAAGUUGCUCCCGUUCAGUGGGUGUCUGCCUUGUUCUUCAUAUCUGAAAGCCUGGGUAACACCUUGUCCCGAUGAAGAGAUUAGAUCUGGGAACUAAAUUCUAAGCUGGCGGCAGUUUUGGUGGGUGAGUCCAUUGGCUGGAUUCUCCCUAACUCUUCAGAGCCAUGUUUAGAACACUGUGAGCUCAUUGUGCCUGUCACUCCAUGCCCUUGUUCCAUUCCAAGUACUUUCUGUCGUGUUUUCCAUAGAUCAUGCCUCAUCUAGGUCUGAUCAAAAGGCACCCACGUGAUGCUGUUCCCCCCUUCUUACACAAGGGUGUGCUGUGAGGCACCAGAUCAGUGCACUGGGACUGGAGAGAGGGCUGAACUCAGGUGACCUCCUGCUUGUCACCUCAGUGUGUCAAAGAGCGGUACUAGCUAAUGGAGGCAGAUGGGCUGCUCCUGGCUGUUCCUGGUUAGGAAGGGCAGAGCUGGUGAACAACCGACUUCUGCUGAAGAGUGGUGCUUGGAGCCAAAACUUGGUAGAGGACCCCAAGAGAGGGACAGUCAUCAGAUGAGAACAGGGUAUGCAAGAGAGCAUGUGGAGCUGCAUGAGGGGCCUUGUUACUAUCGAAGUGGGGAUUUCCAUGAGUGCCCUGUCUGGCUUCUGAACUCCCCGGGUCAGUGGACUGAUUGAGCAGGGAUCUCGUUAGUCACGCUUCUCCAAAAAUCCAGGGUCUCACUGGCUUUCUUGGUAGUGUGCAUAUGCUGGGGACACAGUGAGCUUCCCACGCCCAGCACUGAUGCCACAGAGGUCUGGAGACUGGGUCAGGGGCUGGUGCUCCAUAGGUUCCAAAAGUCCCACAAAAUUUACUUUGUUACAGUGUCCAUCCUUCAAGCAUCCACUACAGAAUGGUUUUCCAUGCUGCAGCUCGCAUCCCUCAGACCCAACCUGGAAGGGGCCAACCCCCGCCGCCACUCACUCCUAUGUCCUCAGGCACAGACUAAUUUUUCUGGGCUUUCCACUUGCUUACCAGUAAAAUGAGAACACAAGGCUUUGUGUCAAAAAGGUAGAGACAACAAAUUAAGGCCCAAGAUGUAGUUGAGAUGCUAGAGCGCUUGCUUUGUGGUGUAUGAUUUCCGGGCUCCCAAUCUCAGCUCUAUGUCAAGGGAACAUUAUGGCUCCAUCUAUAACCCCAGCGCUUGGAAGUGGAGGCAGGAGGGUCAGAAGAUCAAGGACAUCUUUGGCUGAUAGCAAGGUUGAAGCCACAUGAGGCCAACCUGGGAUAUAAGAGAUAGUUUCUAAAUAAACGAAUAAACUAUG